AUGGAACCUCUUUUAAAUCCUUUACAUGACAGAAUUGUAUCGGAUUUAGAUCCUCCUCCACACCGGCCUUUAGAACGAUCUCAGUUAUAUCCAAGAGGUAUUGCUUAUCCUCCUGACUGAACUAAAUUGAGAAACCAUUUAGCUUCAGAAGGAAGACUAUCUAAGCAAGACUGUCUUUUAUUAAUAAGGCAAGCGACUGACACAUUUAGAAGAGAAAAUAAUGUUCUUGAGCUAAAAGAGCCGAUUAAUGUAAUUGGUGACAUUCACGGUCAAUUUUAUGAUCUUUUACAGCUUCUUGAAUCAGAAGGUGACUUUUCUCGUUUCAAACAUCUUUUUCUAGGUGACUAUGUCGAUCGAGGAUAUUUCUCAAUAGAAGUUGUGCUACUACUAUAUGCACUCAAGCUAAAUUUCAAGCAAAAUAUAUAUCUCCUUCGUGGAAAUCAUGAAUCAAGGCAAAUUACAAGCCAUUUCAACUUCAGAAGUGAAUGCCUUCACAAGUUUGAUAUAGAGAUCUAUAACGCAGUCAUGGAAAGCUUUGACGCCCUUCCAAUCGCAUGCAUAGUUAACAAUAAAUUUUUAGCUGUCCAUGGAGGAUUAUCACCUGAUCUGGUAAAUGUCCAAGAUUUAUCAAAAUUCAAUAGGUUUACAGAGCCACCCAAGGCAGGAUUAUUUUGUGAUAUAUUGUGAAGUGAUCCUAUUGACCAUGACCAAGGAGUUUGUCCAGAGAUAUAUGCAGGAAAUGGUGUAAGAGGUUGUGCUUAUUAUUUUGGAAUAACUGCCCUGAAUUCUUUUUUGCAAAAAUCUCGUCUUAUAGCUGUUCUGAGAGCACAUGAAGUUCAGAAAGAAGGAUUCAAAAUGCAUAGAUGGCAUGGGGCAAACGAAUUUCCUUCAGUUAUUACAAUAUUUUCAGCGCCAAAUUAUUGUGAUGUAUAUAACAACAAGGCUGCUAUUUUGAAAUUUGAAAAUAACCAAUUAAAUAUACAGCAGUUUAAUUAUACAGCACAUCCAUAUAUUUUACCUGAUUUUAUGCUGGGUUUUGAGUGAAGUUUGCCUUUUAUCAUUGAAAAAGUGAUGGAAAUAAUGGAAAAUGUGCUGAAAAAUACUAGCGGCUCUGAACCCUUGAUAAAGAGAGCUUCAAUGGCGGGAGAUAGAGUUAAGCAAUUUAAAGAGGACUUUAAGGAUAAUAGAGAAGAAGUUAUGAGGGCUAAAGUCACAGCAAUUAACAAAAUGAUAAGAAUUUUCAGAACUGUGAGGGAAGAACAAGAAGUUAUUUUAAGACUUAAAGGACUUUGCCCUGAUAAUAAAAUUCCUGCUGGAUUAAUUAGACAAGGAAGAGAAGCACUCCUGAGUGCAGUUGACUCAUUUUCAAAAGCGAAAUCAUAUGAUUUGAUAAAUGAGAAAAGGCCAGAUUAA